AUGCCCUCUAUAACAGAAAGAUGUCACGACUCUUCAACCUCAGAACCGGAUAUUUAUCAUGAUAGAGAGAGACGAACAUUUGUUCGGAUUCAGCCGUCCACAUCUAAAGUUUCCAAGUCUAUCAUAUCACUUAUUCAGCAUUAUAAAUGGAAAAUUAUAACAAUGAUAGUUGGUUCAUCUCCGGUGUGGAAUAAGACUGCCGACAGUCUUUCCAUCUUGGCUAGAGAAAGAGGAAUCGCAAUAACCCAGAUCGAAUCUUUUAAAGAGCCUUACAGUGUUAUAGUUCAUGGACAACAAACUAAUGAAAAUAAUUCUAAAAUGAGAAGACUGCUUGACAAAACCUUCAAACAUACCAGAAUCUACGUUUUUCUGGGAGAUUAUCAUGCCUUGAUUGAUUUUGUGAGGGCCAUGCAUGCCAAACCGGAAACGAAUACUGGAGAAUAUGUAGUAAUUUCAGCCGAUCAGAAGCCUUACUUCCCAGGCAGCGACAAUAAAUAUUUCCUUAGGCAACCGUAUGAAAACGAACUUAAAGAACGCCACAUUAAGGCCUUUCAUCCAUUGAUGUUACUCGCACCAAGAGCUGCAACCAGUCCUGAGUGGGGCGAAUUCCUUGAUGAUGUUAGAAAGCGAAACACGAAAAGUCCAAUAAACCUACCUGUAUUUCCAGCAAAUCUUAAUACCAAGCAACAGGUACCGAUAUUUGCUGCCUAUCUUUAUGACGCAGUUAGAAUAUAUAUAGAUGCUAUAGAGGAGGUCCUCAGACUCAAUGGAUCGAUCUCAAACGGUAGUGCAGUAGUGGGGGUGAUGAGAGACCGAACCUACAAAAGUAUACAAGGAUAUGACUUUUACAUUGACUCUUAUGGAGAUUCAGAGGGCAACUAUUCCCUUUUAAGACUAACGGAUACUGAUGGUAAAUUAUCAUUAACACCCGUAGGAGUUUAUCAAAUGAACGCCACCGGCCACAAAAUACCAUCAUUUAUCGAAGAACGUAAAGUAAAGUGGCUGUUAGGAUACACACCAAAGGAUCAACCUCACUGUGGAUUUGAUGGUGAAAAGUGUCUUCACCAAAUAGAUUGGAGAAUAGCAACUAUAUGCAGUGUAGUUGUAGCAGCAAUGCUAGUUGCAGGAGGUUUUGUGUUAAGACAUUAUUUGUAUGAACAAAAGCUUGCAAAACUUCUAUGGAAAAUAGAAUACAAAGAUCUGAUGCUGGUUGACUCAGUAGAGGAAGUACUACCUCACACAAGACCACUAAAAGACAAUCAUAAAAGGUCAUUCUUUCCAGCUUUGAACACGAAACAAUUUGAGCAUUUCAAUGGCAUUCCAAAACACAGAAACUGCAAGAGGAGAUCUUUAUCAUCACUCAAAUACUUGAUUGGCCCUGAGGAACCUGAGAGAACAACAUUGCUUGGCGUAACGAAACCUACCAAAAAGAGCAGUGUGUCGUAUGAAAAGAAAGUACUUAUUGGGUCUUAUAAGGGGACAGUGGUGUCUAUCAAACAGAUCUUUAAGAAGAAUGUUGAUAUCAAUAGGACACUGAAGAAACAGUUACAACUGAGGAAGGAAUUAAACCAUGACAAUGUCAAUAGGUUUAUUGGUGCUUGUGUGGAAACUCCACAUCUUUUCAUCAUUACUCAAUAUUGUGCUAGAGGAAGUCUCUAUGAUAUUUUGCAAAAUGCUGACCUAAAUCUAGAUGACAUGUUUAUUGCAUCACUUGUUGCAGACCUAAUCAAGGGUAUGAUAUUUAUACAUGAAAGUGAGAUACAGUAUCAUGGAAACUUGAAAUCUUCCAACUGUUUAGUAGAUAGUAGAUGGGUUCUUCAAGUAUCAGACUUUGGUUUACAACAGCUCAUUGGCAGUACUACACAGCACAAGAGUGACAGUUUCAGUAAUUGUGAAGGACUUCUUUGGACGGCACCAGAAUUAUUACGGAACAAGUAUAAUAGUAAUUAUGGAACCCCAAAAGGAGAUAUUUACUCGUUUGCCAUAAUUAUGUAUGAAAUUCAUGGACGACUAGGACCAUGGGGACGAACAGACUUUGCUCCAAAAGAAAUUAUACACAGAGUUAAAAUGGGAGAAGAUCCACCAUACAGACCGAAUACUAAUUUACUUAUGUGUGAGGAAUACAUCUCUACCUGUAUACAUGAUUGUUGGAAUGAAGAUCCUGAUCAAAGGCCUGAUUUUAAAUAUAUUAAAUACAGACUAAAGCCAAUGCACCAAGGUCUAAAAGCAAAUAUAUUUGACAAUAUGUUGGCAAUCAUGGAAAAAUAUGCUAAUAACCUUGAAGAAGUCGUAGCUCAACGGACACAACAGUUGUCAGAAGAAAAGAAAAUGACAGAGAAUUUGUUGUUUCGUAUGUUACCACGAUCUGUUGCUAACCAGCUAAGGAACGGUGAAAUGGUAGAACCUGAACAUUACGAAUGUGCUUCAGUUUACUUUAGUGAUAUUGUAGGGUUUACAUCGUUAUCUGCUGAAAGUACUCCUAUGCAGGUAAUAGAUAUGUUGAAUGAUUUAUACACGUGUUUUGAUUCCAUUAUUGGUCAUUAUGACGUAUACAAGGUAGAGACAAUAGGUGAUGCAUAUAUGGUAGUCAGUGGACUGCCAAUCCGUAACGGUAACAACCAUGCGGGUGAAAUAGCUUCAAUGUCGCUCCAUCUUCUGUCAGCCAUCAAAUCAUUUAGGAUUAAGCAUAGACCAGACGACACACUCAAACUUCGCAUAGGAAUACACUCAGGACCCUGUGUAGCUGGAGUUGUUGGCUUGAAAAUGCCGCGAUAUACUUUGUUCGGUGACACUAUAAAUACAGCAUCAAGAAUGGAAACCACUGGAAUUCCUCUCAAAAUUCACUGUAGUAAAGAGUGUAAAGACAUUUUGGACAUUCUUGAUGGAUACCAUUUGUCUGAAAGAGGAUAUGUAAAUAUGAAGGGAAAAGGUGAAAAAUUUACAUAUUUUCUGGAAUCUGAAGACGCAAUAAUCAGGAGAAAGCGAAUUACAAUGAUGUCUGUGUAUUCAUAUCAUGAUAGACGAUCAAACCUAGAGAUAGAUCAUGCUACCUUUCCAAAUUAUUUUGACAAUUAUCUUGUGAAUGGAACAAACUAUAAACAUUGUAACGGAUUCGUAAAACAUAUUGACCCUACAAAUGCUCACGAUCUGAAACAUUUUAUAGACACUAAGGAACAAAAUGGCAAUUUAGUAAACUCUGUGCCAUGCUCACCAUGUGACACUUCAUGUAAACCACCAACUUUUACACUCCGUCCACCAUCUACACCCGUUCAGGAAACAAUGCCAUUAAUGAAUGUUAAGUGGCAAUCAAAUAAUGGUGGUUAUAUAGGACCAGAUGUAGAAGAUGUAUUAUAAAUGUAUAUGUAAUAGUAUCUGUGACAUGUUUUUAUCUCCAAUUAACCAUUGCCAUGACAAUCAUUUGCAAAAACGUGGUUUGGAGCUGAUGUUUUCUUUUUAUACUUUGUACUAUAUUAAACAUUUGUAAGAAUGAUAUGCAUGCAAACCAUGAACUGUAUCUAAAAAAUCUCGGGUAUCAAAAUAUUAUUAACGUCAUUUGAUUAUUUCAAUUGAUUCAAUCGAAUCUUCGAUUCCUUAUUAACUAAGUUAGCAUAGUCAUUUGGUUAAAUAUAUGUUUUAAACGUGAAGUCCUACACAUUCUUUCUUAUUUCAUCGUUUUGAUGAAAAUGUUAAAUGAACACUUAUGCAUUAAUUUUGUUAUGGAUUCUUUAGAUAAUGCAUUUCAUUUCUUAACAGAAGUCGCUGCCAAAAACGACGGAGAAAUAUCUGAGUCAAGCUAAACCGUCGGUAGUAUGGGAAUAUUAACAAAAAUGAUAAAAUAUUUUUAUACUUUACCAAUAUGUAGUUUAAUUCAUACCAAAUUCUGAUAAAUUGUUGUGGCAUUUAUGAAAAAAAAAUGUAUAAACAAAAGAUAAGAUAACUUAAAUCUAAAGGCCUCCACUCAAACGAUAAUGAUGAUGAAUUUAUUUCCUACAUAGAUCAAAGGAAAAGGUAUGAUCAGAAUUCAUACUUGGUCUUUACAAAUGUUCAAUCCUUUCAAAAUUAUAUUUAAGAAAUAAUAAAUUGCACUUGGGGUCAAAUUACACUUUAUAGACCGGACCAUCAUCUACAAAAAGUAAAUGGACCGACUCAAAGCUGUGAUCUAAAUUUGUAUGUGAUGACCAAACGCUCCGUAAACCGACGUUUGUUCUGAAGUGUCAUGGAUUAUUUGUUAUAUUUAACAUUACUUUGUAAGUAUUGAACCAAAAUAAGAAGGUCUCAUUUGUUCCAUGAUUAAGAAAUGAUUUGAAUCAUAAUAAGGUUUCAGCGUUUUAUUAAUUCAAAUGCACACAAACACCUCAACACCACGCUCACUCUUUCCUGAAAAUAUGUUUUACUUCUAAACCAAUUUUAAAAAAAAAGCUCGUUGUUGAUAUUCAUCAAGGUCAUGACGUCACAGUACAAUAUCAUCGGCUCGCAGUCCUGGUCAGUUGAAUUUACUAUAUAUGGAUCGGCGGAUGUUCAAUGAAUAAGUAUGAGAUAUUUAGGUACUAUGUAUGAUAUUUAUCAUUAUUGACAAAACGAUUUUGGUUUACAUUCUGGUUACUUUCAUGCAUAAAUAAUAUUGGAAAUAUCACUGUGACUUCAUAUACAUGUCAACAGUGACAUAUUUGACUUACACGAGUCGUUAUAAAGUUAGUUUUGGCGAAGUAAAAUUUAAUUAACUGCCUCCUUACACGGCAUAUUCCUUUGUGAAAGACAGCUUUUAACAAAAUAUGGUUAUUCGGGUUACGAUUGAUGUCCUUAUCUAAAUAUUAAUGACAUGAUAAAAAAAAAUGGUGCUUAAUUGGCAAUAUUGUAAUAUUUUAUGAAAAAGAUAGCAGAAACUAUGGAAAAAAAAAUGAAUUAUACACACACCACACUUCCCUUCACUCCUUGACCAGCAACUUGAACAAGGAAAUAAAAGAUGUCACAUAUUUAAAAACUGCAAAAAAGUAGCGAAGAUAGCCAUAUGUGUUGAUUGAAUACUGCAGUUCAAUAAAAACAAAUCAGAAACAACACUUCAAAAAAGUUUUAUGAAGUCCUAUCAUGAAAUUUAAAUGAAAUCGGUAGCAUUUGUGAGAGGCAAUUAAAUAUUAAAAUCGUCAAAGAAGAAAGAAGCUGAAUAAGUUAGUAUUUUCAGUUUAUUUUUUUACAACCAAAUAACGGGGAAAAAACCACAAAUACGAAAGGAACAAAAAUUUAAUAGAAAUAUUACAUGGUUAUGUCUUGUGGUAUGGUAUAUUAUGGGUUUGUAAUACUUUGUAUAUUCUGAAGGGUACAUAUUGGAUUUAUGAUACUUUGUAUAUUCAAAUUCAAACCCGAACAUGGUCCCAUCAUACCUUCUCCUUUUCACUUUGUAAUACACAUGUUUACCGAUUAUAUGAUAUCCAGCAUAGCGGUAACUCUUUUAUACUUUUAAUGUUCAUAAAUUUGAUAUAGACUAUCAAUGAUCGGCCAGCAUAAAAAAUUCCCUUUAGGCUAAAAUAAGUGAAAUGAACUAACAUAAAAUGUAGACAAUGACAGGCACAUAACAAUGGGCGGCGUUAAAAUAUUACAAGGGGCAAAGUUAAACUACUUCCUUUCAUAAAUAAAUAUAUUAUUUAUAGUCUACCUUCUUUCCGAAAUAACACAUGUUAGAUGAACAUUAUUCGGUUACAAGUUUCCUUGUCACCAUUGUGUCUUUCAUUGUUCUCUGUGAUAAAAAACAUUUAUGUACACAUUGUUAUUUAUUUAUUGUAAUUACAGAUAUGUACAAAUUGUUAUUUGUUUUUAGUAAAUCAUUUAAAAAAGAAUUCAACUUA